GCAAUGCAUGUUAGUGACCAGAGCGCGUCUGACGUGCACGAGUUUUCCGAAACUUGACUGAGCUGUUGCCUGCAGAAGGUUCGCGCCCCUUCCUGCUUUAAGUCAAGGCGCGGCACUGAGCCCUGCAUCGAGUGGAACAGGUAGCGAGCUGACCCGGGACCUGCAACCAGCCCCGAACCAGCGAUGUGGAAAUCAGCAGUAGGCCAUGACGUUAAAGUGGAAGUGGAGAAGGAUGGAGAUGAUUGGGAAACAGAUCCUGACUUUGUUAAUGACAUUUCAGAACAGGAGCAACGAUGGGGAUCAAAAUCUGUCGAUGGAUCUGGUCGGCCUCAGCACAUCAAUGUCCACGAGCUGAGGGAGAAUGUCGCAAAAGAUCAUGGCUCCUUGAAGAAGAAAGAAAUGGAGGAGGGAUCAAAAGCGUCAUAUGGUUAUGGUGGCAAGUUUGGGGUCCAGAAAGAUCGUAUGGACAAGUCUGCUUUAGGGAACGAUUACGUGGCUGAUGUGGCAAAGCAUUCAUCACAGACAGAUGCUGCCAAAGGAUUUGGAGGGAAGUAUGGAGUUCAGACAGAUCGGACAGACAAGUCAGCACUGGGGUAUGAAUACAAAGGAGAAGUGGACAAGCACGCUUCACAAAAAGAUUAUGCCAAAGGAUUUGGUGGCAAGUAUGGAGUAGAAAAAGAGAAGGUGGAUAAAUCUGCCAUGGGAUAUGACUACAAGGGAGUGACGGAGAAACACGAGUCACAAAAAGAUUAUGCCAAAGGAUUUGGUGGCAAGUUUGGAGUAGAGAAAGAUAAGGUGGAUAAAUCUGCUUUGGGAUACGACUAUAAGGGAGUGACGGAGAAACACGAGUCACAAAAAGAUUAUGCUAAAGGAUUUGGUGGCAAAUAUGGAAUAGAAACAGAUAAGGUGGAUAAAUCUGCCAUGGGAUACGACUACAAGGGAGUGACGGAGAAACACGAGUCACAAAAAGAUUAUUCCAAAGGGUUUGGAGGGCAAUAUGGGGUGCAGCAGGACCGGAUGGACAAGAGUGCAGGUUCCUUCACUGAGAUGGAGAGUCCAACCUCGUCCUAUCAAAAGACAACGCCAGUGGAAGCCGCCAGCAGCAACGCCAAGAGCCUGAAGUCGAGGUUCGAGGGCAUGGCCAGAGCUGGUGAAGAUGCCAACAGAAAGAAAGCUGAGGAGGAACGUGCCCGGAGACAAGCCCGAGAGAGACUGGAGCGGGAGGAAGCAUGCAAGAAGCAGCAGGAGCAGAUGGAGCAAGAGAAAGAGACAGAAGUUACAGAACCUGAAGUAGUUGAACCAAUGAAACCAACUCCUCGUCAGCGGAGUCAGAAACUAAUGGAGGAGCCUGAACCAGAACCGGAGCCAGAACCGGAGCCAGAACCGGAGCGGUUACCGGAGCGGUUACCGGAGCGGUUACCGGAGCGAGUACCGGAGCGAGUACCGGAGCGGUUACCGGAGCGGUUACCGGAGCGAGUACCGGAGCGAGUACCGGAGCGAGUACCGGAGCCAGAGGAAGAAGAAGCCCAAAUCUAUGAUACUCCUGAUUCUUCUCAUGAGCAGCUGAAUGUGGAUGAGUACGAAGAUAUUUCUGAAUAUUCUCACCAACCAGUAACCAAGGAGGAUUUGGAAGAUCAGGGUGACUAUGAGGAUUUGUUACCAAUACCAGGAAUGUCGAUGGAAACAGCCAAUUCUGGUGAUGAGAAUGUUUACGACAUUGUAGAUACUGGUGUGACUGCAACAGCUUUGUAUGAUUACCAAGGAGAAGGCGAUGAUGAAAUCUCCUUUGAUCCUGAUGAAGUGAUCACAAACAUUGAGAUGAUUGACGAGGGCUGGUGGCAGGGUCAAUGCAAUGGAAAGAUUGGCCUUUUCCCAGCCAAUUAUGUGCGGUUGUUAAAGUAAUUGUUAACUAGCUCAAUAGGACUCAAAAUGUUGACCAACUCUUUGCCUCCAUGAAUGCUGCUUGAUCCAUUGAGUUCCUCCAGCAAUUUGUUUUUGCCCCAGAAUUCAGCAUUUGCAGUCUCUUGUUUCUCUGACAGUGGAUUUGAUUGCUUACUUUCCAUGGGUCACCCAACAUUUGGUGUCUGAAAUGAAAACAUUUCAUGCCUAUUGUGUACCUGCUAAGCAUGCUUCCUUUCAUCCCAUCGAAACAUGAAUCCUUUGGCAACACAUUAACAAGGCAACCAUUGCAGUGGAAGUGGCCAUUCCAUCCAAUGUUCUAUGCCAGUAUUGACUCAUUAACCAGUAUAGCUUCAUCUAAUCCCAUUUCCUCCAUUUUUUUUCAUGUUUCACCUUUGCAAACCUUAAUAUAGUUACUGGAGAGCAAUGCCUUCAUAUUCUUCGAUUUAUUGUAGAACAAUGAACACCUAUAUGGCUCACUCACCACUCUCUAAAUUUGAGGAAAUUGAAAUGUAUGUAACAAGACAUAUAGUGUCAAUCAUUAUGUGGCCUCCCCCCUCCUGAUUAGGGAAUGGACAGGAGAAAGCUAGUCAAUUGUCCACAGUAAACUGGAGGAUAUACCUAGUGGCAAAUUCCCAUUGCCAAAUGAUCCUGUCUUGUUGCCGUAGUCUCUGACCUACAUGCCACCAACUGGUCAUAUUGCUCUUGGGCACUUCUCAGCUACUCUGGAGUUGGACUGUGACAAUGAGCAUCAGAUCUGGGGAACAUUUGUGAGAAUAACUCUCCUUGUGGAUAGAUGCAAACCACACCUUGUGUUGUUGAAUAAUGCUGACUAAACUCUCUGGGAUCCUUUGCACUUGCUGUCACUAUCAACUUUUUUAGUUAAAUUUAGCUGUCAGGCUCAUAGUCCAUAUUACUCUCAUUAAAUAAAAGUCCAUCUUUUCCAGUUGUGUGUUUCUUUUCUCAUACCAGACACAUCUUAAUGAAUCCAAAUGCCUCAAUAUCCUUUCGAUUUAACCUGAUCCAGCACCUGCAUAUUCUAUCAUAUCAUAGAUUCUACUCAUCCAAAUUUAGUUUUCAUAAAAUAGCAGCAACAUGUAGCUCCAUUGGAACAUUAUCAACAAUUUGAUAUUGAACCAUGCACUCAGGCAUAAAGACAGCUGCAUAAUCCAGGAGGUGGACUUUAGGGAUCUGAAACAGGAGUUACAAUUACAGUCUUCUUCCAUGGGCAAUGCAGACUCCACCUUAUAGCUUGUACCCACUUAUAUAAUGUAGGAAAAAUGAUGUCCUAUAUUUUGGAAAAGGGAAAAAAAUGGCAACACUGUUUUUAAUUAUGAGAAACUAUUUAAUGGUUGAGUGUGGAGAGAUCAGAAAAGUUUUUGAUAAGGUUCUGCAUGGUAAGCUGGCCUGGAUGGUUAGAUCAUUUGGGAUCCAGGGAGAGCCAGCUAACUGGAUACAGAAUUCACUUCAUGGAAGGAAGCAGAGGAUGAAAAUGUACAAGGCAUGAUUUUGCAGAUACCAGUAAAGUAAGUGGUAUUGUAGACAAUGAAGUUAUCAAAAAUUAUAACAGGCUCUUGAUCAUCUGGGCAAGUGGGCUGAGGAAUGUGAAAUGAAGUUUAAUGCAGAUCAGUGCAAGGUACUGCAUUUUGGUAAAAGGCCACAGUGAAUGGUAGGGCCCUGGUGAAUGUAGAGCAAAGGGAUCAAGGAGUACAGGUACAUAGUUCCCUGAAAGUGGUGUCACAGGUAGACAGAGUAGUAAAUAAGGCAUUUGGUACAUUGGCCUUCAUCAGUCAGGGUAUUGAGAAUAGAGGCUGAUGCAUUAUGUUACAGUUAAACAAGAUGCUGGAGAGGCCACAUUUGAGUACAGUACCCUCUUUUUAACAGACCUCUUCUAUAAACCUCUUCUAUAAUGGAUUUAAGAUAUAGCAAAGGGAUCUGCUGAUGGCUGCCUGCAACGCACCCGGCUCCCGCCACCUCCUCGACCGUGCACACCUGCACCGACCUGCUGAGUUAUUCCAGCACUUUGUGUCCUUUUGUGUAUGAACCAGCAACUGCAGUUUGUUUCUAUUACUUGUACAAUGAUAAUACCUUACUCAGUUAUAGCAGAUGAUGGAUGCCAUUCCCUCCCCCCUGUCGUGUGUUAUAACGAGGGUUUACUGUACUUUCUUUUGGUCACUCUGCUAUAGGAUGUCAUUAAGCUAGAAAGAGUACUGAGAAGAUUUACAAAGAUGUUGCUUAGAGGGAGAGGUUGGGCAGAUUAAGACUUUUUUUGGAGAGUAGAAGGCCGAGGAGAGAUCUUAUUGAUGUACAUACAAUGAUGAGAGGAAUAAAUAGGGUGAAUGCAUACAGUCGUUUACCCAGGGUAGGGGUCAGCUGUGGCUCGUGUGAUAAUGUCAUUUUGUCAAAUAAUAUAACUUUAGCUCAACUGCACAUCGAAGAGGUAAAUUUGUACAGAUGAAUAAUCAGCAAAUAUAGUUCAAGUUUGUCAUAUACACGAGUACAGUUAAAUUCAAGUACAAUGAAAAACUUGUUUGUAGCGACAUCCAUGGCACAUACUCAAUCACACACACAAAAACUAAUUAUACAUAAACUACAUGUACAAUUUCUAUCAGAAAUAAGACUGCAAAAUAAACCAAGACAUUAGUGCAAAAACAAAAUUAGAUAAAGAACGAAUCCACAGUAGAACAGUACACACAGCAACUGGCCCAUUGGCCCUCCACAGAAAUGCAAAACGUGGGCCAUAGAGUUCUGUUUUUGAGGUAGGGUUAGGAUUGUGUCGGUUGAUUCAGGAUCCAGAUAGUUGCAGGAAUGUAGCUGUUCCUAAAAUUGGUAGUUCUAGACGUCAGCCGUUUGUACAAUGACACAGUCAGCAGAGGGCACGAUGGUGGGAAUCCUUGAUGAUAGAUGCCACUUUCUUGAAGCAGUAACUCAUGUAGAUGCUUUUGAUGGAAGGAAGGAUGGACUGGGCUGAGCCCACCCAUUAUCUGCAGCCUUUGCGUUCCUGUGCGUUGGAUUACUACACCAGGCAUAAUGCCACCGGUCAGUAUAAUUUCUGUAGCACAUCUGUAAAAGUUUGUAAGAAUAUUUGGAGACAUUGCAGACUAUCCUCUACGUAAAGGUGCUGGUGCACCUUCUUCAUGAUUGCAUCUAUGUGCUGGGCCCAAGAUCAGUCAUCCAAAUUGUUAAUUCCCAGGAAUUUGAAGCUGCCAGCUAUCUUGACCAGCGACCCAUUAAUGAAAACUGGUGCAGUCUCCGGACUUCUAUCUGAAUUAUAGUGUGAGUGCCAGUGAAUUUCCAGAAUCGCAUUCGGGUAAUUGCACUGAAAGAGGUGAUUCUGCUUGUUGAGUCAACAUGCAAGAACAGUCUAACUGGUCCCGUUUGCCUGCCCUGUACUCUGAGCCCUGCCAAUUCUUUCCUUUCAGAUACUUCAGAUACCUUUGAACCUUUGAACCUUUAACUCCCUGAAAAUCUUUCUCCAUUAUCAGCUCAGGGAAUGUAUUCCAGGUCUGCUAACGAGGUUUCUCUAUCUAUGCUAUGACCCCUUCAUGGUUUAAAUACCAGUUUAAUCAGCUUGACCUCAUGAAAGAGAACAACCUAAACGCCAUUCUAUCCAGAAAACAAAAUCUCUUUAUUCUUGAAGAUGUAGUUAAUUUACCUGUACCAUCUUUAAAGGUUUAUAUCUCUCCCAAAUGUAGUGCUUAGAAUUGGACACAAUAUUUCAAAUGUGAUUGAAUUAAUGUUAUAAAGAUUUGCCAUGAUGUCCUCUGUAUGUAUUUUAGCCACCUUCUCAAACUGGCUUGUCAUUCAGUGCACGCGACAAUAAUAAACCAAUAUUCCAUGAACCAUGCA